GAUCCCUCGCAGCUCUGCGUGAGGGACGGCGAGUGCGUCAGAGUCUGGACAGACACCACCACGGACAACGGGUGGAUACACGCAGAGCUCGCCCGCGACGCGUCCCAGGUGGGGUGGCUGCCGCUCUGCGUGCUCAAGGAGACGGAGGCCAACAAGAAGUUGAUGCGCGUCAGAGAGGUCUGGCAAAUAACAGGCGAGAACCAGUGCAGUGUAGAGGUGGACGCCGUAGUGCUCGUCUGGAUGUCUUCGCGGACAGCAGAGGGUUGGACAUACAUCGAGGUCGACCAGGACGGCGGCGGUACGCAGUCCGGCUGGGUGCCAGACUUCUGCUUGGAGUGGGACGAGGAUUGA